AUGCCGAAACAUUUUCCCAGUCACCAGUACACUAUCGAGCGCAUCAUGCGCUCACUACAACAACCCAUCCUGCCACGAUGCCUGAGAGGCAGCCAGCAACUAUUUACCCACUUGCCCGCUUACACAACGAACUCUGGAAAAUCGCCGUCAUGGACCUUCUCUGCGCAGAGAGCCUAUCACCCCAGACCAAGUUCAUACGAGACCGCCGUAUCGAAAGACUUCACGUUGGAAAGACCUACGUUAAGUAGCCUCCCGUCCAGCGGAUCCACAUUGAAAGACUCUACAUGGAAAAAGGUCCCUGUAUCAAAGGGCAAAAGGCGUGGAGUGAUCCUUGCGAUACUUGCCAUUGGAUCAAUGUGGGCAAUUUCCGAUGACGCAAAGCAUAGAUAUAUGGCAGUGAAGAGGACUUUACGUGUAUUCUAUGCGCUGGUUCGAUGUCUCAGAGAUUACCAGUACACCCUAAGAUUCAAGGCACAGGAUGGGCAUGAAUGGCAGGCGGUACUAAAGGCAUGUCACAAAAGAUGUGCGGAACGUACCCUUGAGGUUUUGGAGCAAAACGGUUCAAUAUUUAUCAAGCUGGGCCAGCACCUGAGUAGCAUGAACUACCUGCUACCAGAAGAAUGGACUAAAACGUUUGUACCGCUACAAGACCAUUGCCCAGUGUCAUCGUACGAUUCCAUAGCAGCCAUGGUUUUAAAAGACACGGGGUCACCACUUGACGAACAUUUUGACCAUUUUGCCAAGACACCUAUCGGUGCAGCAUCGCUCGCACAAGUUCAUUUGGCAACCAUGAAGGCCACUGGCCAGACAGUCGCUGUGAAAGUGCAGCACCCAGCCUUGGAAGAAUGGGUACCACUUGAUCUAUUUUUGACGCGGACAACGUUUUCAAUAGUCAAGUUCUUUUUUCCUGAAUACGACCUUGAAUGGCUUUCGAACGAGAUGGAGUCCUCUCUUCCCCUAGAAUUGGACUUUGCUCUCGAAGGGAAUAACGCGUUGCAUACGAAGGAGUACUUUUACAAGAUGCACGACUCACCAUUGGUAGUACCUGACGUUAUAUGGGGUAUGAAACGGAUCCUUGUCAUGGAAAACGUGUCUGGUCAUAGGACUGACGAUUUGCGCUAUCUUGACUCCAACGGCAUUGAUCGUGACGAGGUCUCUGCGGCCUUAGCACGUAUCUUCAAUGAGAUGAUAUUCGGGGACACGCCUCUCCAUUGUGAUCCGCACGGUGGGAAUAUAGCGAUUCGCAAGAAUAACGACCGAAGGAAGCCUAACUUCGACAUUAUACUCUAUGACCAUGGACUGUAUAGGGAUAUACCAAAGCAGCUUCGGCGAGAUUACGCGAAGCUUUGGCUUGCAGUCAUAGAUGCUGACGAAAUUGGUAUGCGCAAAUACGCAUACGACGUUGCCGGAAUCACCGACGACCAAUUUCCCUUGUUCGCGAGUGCCAUCACUGGAAGGGAUUACAUAAAUGCCACUAAUUCAGUAGUGUCUAAGAGAUUAGAUCAGGAAAAGGAGGAAAUUUCUAGUGCCAUGGGAGAAGGCAUGCUGCAGGAGCUGGUCCAACUUUUGGGCAAAGUGCCGCGGAUCAUUCUUCUGAUCUUGAAAACAAACGAUCUCACUCGCAGCCUUGACGAGAAUCUGCACACUCGAGAAGGUCCGGUCCGUAAUUUCAUGAUCUUAGCUCGCUAUUGCAGUAAGACGGUAUUGCAGGAGCAAGUGGAAAUCAUUAGCCAGAAUGGCAGUAUCUGGUGGCCCUCCAAUCUUCUCCGGCUCGUGGGGGCUUGGACGUCUUUCAUGAGGGUGGAAGUCAAGCUAUCUGUGUACGAGUAUUACAUCUCUUUUCGGCGUUUUGCACGCCUUUCGCCAAUUGCAAGCAUUUAG